GAACAGAUGGUAUGACGUAUGGGUCCGUCUGAACAGGGGCCACUGGCUCCCCCCUUCAAGAAACAAGAUGGAGCAUCCCCACGGGAUUAUGAAAGCCUUUCCUAAAGUUAAACGAACUAGAGUGUUACAGGGAAAGGAUGCACCACCAGUAAAGAAGAAACCUGACGAAUUUGAUAUCACAGGAAACACUUUUGAUGGUGUCACAGUCUACAUCCUGCCUGCUGGAAUAGGAAAUGCCAGAUGCCAGAUCUUUCAAAGACAAAUUCGGCAGAAUGGAGGACAGACGGAGAGUUCACUGUGUCCCAGUGUCACUCAUGUUGUUGUGGAUGACAACAUGGACUGUGACAGGGCCCUGCGCUUACUAAAAGUGGAUGUUAUGCCCUCUGGAGUCCAACUGGUGAAAUGCGUUUGGUUGAGCUCGUGCAUCAGUGAGAAACAACUACUGGAUGUUGACAGCUACAGCCUUCUCUUACCCAAGAGAGAAUCGGAGACACGGCAUGAAAAUAUUAAAGAAGAGCCGCUGAAUGUCAAGCCCACUGACGAAACUAUUGCGGAGCCAGUGUUUGAUCAGACCAAGCAAGAGGAGACCAUAGACACGACAAUCCCAGACACUAAAGAGGAAGUGCGAGGUGAAGAAGACGGGGUCUCACAGAGUGACCUGGAAGCUCUCAUCAGUGGCCAGCACCCCAAAGAGGAGACUCCUGGCCCCAGCCUAGACCCCGGUCCAGACUCUGCUGCUCAGAUGGUGGUCUCAGGGAAGUGGGUCUGUGCCCAGUCCUCUCACUCCAAAAUCAAUAACUUCAACAAACACAUCACUGACAAACUAGAAGUGCUGGCUAAGGCCUACACAAACCAGGGGGACAGGUGGCGGGCGCUGGGCUACUCCAAGGCUGUCAACGCACUGAAGAGUUACCACAAGCCUAUUACAUCAUAUCAGGAGGCUUGUCAAAUCCCAGGAAUUGGUAAACGCAUGGCCGACAAAAUUGUCGAGAUCAUGGAGAGCGGUCACCUGCGGAAGCUCGACCACCUCGGGGAGGCUGUGCCAGUAUUGGAGCUUUUUACUAACAUCUGGGGCGCAGGAACUAAAACUGCACAGCUGUGGUACCAACAGGGAUUUCGCACACUGGAGGACAUCCGCACAAAAGCCCACCUGAGUAACACUCAGAAAAUAGGACUUAAGCACUACGAUGACUUGUUAGACCGCAUGCCCAGAGAAGAAGCAACAGCCAUACAGAACGUGCUGAAGGAUGCUGCCCAGGCCAUAGACCCAGGCAUGGUAGCGAUGGCGUGUGGCUCCUAUCGUCGGGGAAAGGCCACAUGUGGAGAUGUCGACGUACUUAUAUCUCAUCCUGAUGGCAAGUCCCACAAGGGGAUUUUUAGCAAGGUGUUACAGAACCUCCAUGACAGCGGGUUUUUGACAGACGACCUGGUGAGCAACGAGGAAAAUGGUGAGCAGAAGAAAUACAUGGGUGUGUGCCGUUUGCCAGGACCUGGCCAACGCCACCGCAGGCUGGACAUCAUCGUAGUGCCCUACAAUGAGUUCGCCUGUGCUCUCAUGUAUUUCACCGGGUCGGCGCACUUUAACCGCUCAUUGAGAGCCCUGGCAAAGACAAAAAGGAUGAGCUUAUCGGAGCACUCGUUGAACAAAGAUGUGGUGCGUCAGGGAAGCUUGAAGGUGUACGGCGGCACUCCAUUUGCUACACCGACAGAGAAGGAUGUUUUUAGUCUUUUAGGCAUACCAUACAGACAACCUCAUGAAAGGGACUGGUGAGCAUUUGCCAAUCACCAGGCCGGUCACAACGUCUUGGCGGUUUUUAUAGAAAAUCAUAAUGAUAAUGACGACAAUGCAAACUGCAGUUAUGCUCAAACAGCCAUUUUUAAGGAUGUUUUACUGCUCCACAGAUCAUGCAGGAGCCCUGUUUUACUUGAAUGAUGAUUUUAUUCUACAAGAUGCUGGGUUCACUCAAAUGCAAAACAACUUAUUUUCUCACUUAUCCCUAGUUAUAUCAGUUGUUGUUUAAGUGGUUUUUGGCAAGGUUUUAAGAUGUCUGCCUCUGAAACGCCUGCUACCACCCCAACACAAUACAAUGAAUUUAAUUUUGUUGUGGGAUCCAGAGCCUUUAAAGAUAAAAAAAUGUUUUUUGUAGGGACAGUUUCUUCAGCCGAAGGUAGCCGGAUUCAGCUGAGCAACCGAGAACAUUGUUUAAAGUUAAUUUGCUAUUAAGUUUUGUUAAGUUUUUUAUAUUAAGUCGAUAUUAAAACUUCCAUUAUAAAAAACUGGCAGCAAAGGUUUCAAAGGCAAGUGUCUCAAAACUUCGACAGAAACUCCCCAAACUAUGCACAGGACUAGACACCACUAGAGGUAAGUGGAAAAAUAUGUAAUAUUGCAGGUUGAGUGAACUGGGCCUCUUUAAAGACAUUUUAAUAUAGAAGAUGCUUAAAAUGGUGGAUUGUAUUAAAGAUAAGUAAUGAUAAUAAAACUUAUCAAA